AUGUGGUGGGCUGGAGAUGUUCGAGACUAUUGGUUGGCGCUCACAAUCCUUGAGAUCAUUGGAGUUUUUAUCAAUAUCUUUUGCACGGUCGUUGUUUCAACUUUCUACACGCGUGUGAAAGCGGAAUGGGAUUACUAUGAAAAAAAGAAUAACUAUCGCCCAGGCACUCGAAGCCACGCAAGUCGACGCGAUCUCUUGGAACGUUUUGAUUAUCCUUCGUCGGAGCCAGAACGUUUCGUCGCUCGUCCAUUCCCCAAUCAACAAAAUCCAUUACCUCCGUAUUCUCCUUAUCCAUCAGCAUAUCCAGCGUAUCCACCACAACCACAAUAUCCUCGUCCAUCUCCACCUCAACCACCCCCACAACCCAUCAGAAAAGCUCCGUAUCCAGAAGAUCCAAAUACGGUUUAUUAUGUCCGUGAGCCUGGGUCACGAGUUGGCGGAGGAGCGGUACCAAACAUUUUCAAGUCCGAUGAUGAUGAGGAUCUGGUGUCAAGUUGGGUGAAAGAUCAACAAAGACGAAGCCAACAUGGAAGUAAAGCUGAUUCCGAGCCACCAUAUCUCGAGGAUCGACGGCGUCCCUUGAAGCCGUCAAGAUCGAUGCCAUCGUUAUUUGAGGAGUCUGCAAGCUGCCAUCGCGAUCAUCGCUAUCGAAGUUCAUCUCGGCAUCGACGAGAUCGAUACAAAGAUCGUGAUCGUGAUAGGGAUCGUGAUAGGGAUCGAAACAGAGAUCAUAAAGACAAGAGGCAUCGAUCACACAGAGAUGGACGAGAUCAUUCUCGACGAUCUUAUCGAAGAGGAAGAAGUCGAUCAGUAGCCGAUUCGCGAGGUUAUGGUAGUGAAAGUGAAGAGACAUCAACAGAUUACACCAAAUGUCGGCAUGGAGAUCGGAAACGUCACCGCAGCAAGAGUCGACAUUACGAAAGUGACUCGGAGACGAGCGGUUCACCGAUGAAACCCGUUUCUGAUCGAAAAGGUCACAGAAGCAGCGACGAUCAAAAAAAAUCGAGUGGUCAAGUAAACUUGCCGCUUUCUGGUGGGCUCACCAUUCCACAGCAUAUCGUCAUCCCACCACAGCAUCACCUUGAACGCGGACCCGAUGGCACCAUUCAACCACAAACGUUUAACAUCAAUUCCGAGAUUGUCAUCAAAUAUGACAAGGAUGAGAGUGAGGUGGCCUUCUCGGAACGGGAUCGACGAACUGGCCGAUCGACUCUCUCUCAUUUAGCUACCGAGCCCCGUAGGAUCCAGCCCGUCUCGAUGCAAUCAAACGUU